AUGCAGCGGGUUCACGAUCACCUGCUGCUAGAAGAAGAAUACGUCGAGAACAUGGAGCGCCUGCGCAAGACCAAGGCCCAGGCUGCACUCGAUACCGCCAACCGAAGCGACCUCGAGCUCGCAGACAGAAACGCAGAUGAGAGAAGCCGGGUUGAUGAUAUGAGAGGCAGUCCCAUGGGCGUGGGCAACCUGGAAGAGCUGAUCGACGACGAUCACGCGAUCGUCUCCAGCGCUACUGGCCCCGAGUACUACGUCUCAAUCAUGUCGUUCGUUGAUAAGGACUUGCUUGAGCCUGGUGCCAGUAUUCUUCUGCACCACAAGUCGGUCUCCGUGGUUGGUGUGUUGACCGAGGAGUCCGAUCCCCUCGUCUCCGUGAUGAAGCUCGACAAGGCACCGACGGAGUCUUACGCAGACAUUGGUGGUCUUGAGACCCAGAUUCAGGAGGUCCGCGAAUCCGUCGAACUUCCGCUGCUCCACCCUGAGUUGUACGAGGAGAUGGGUAUCAAGCCGCCUAAAGGUGUUAUCCUGUACGGUGCCCCGGGUACCGGAAAAACCCUGCUGGCCAAGGCUGUCGCCAAUCAGACCAGUGCCACUUUCCUUCGUAUUGUUGGUAGUGAGCUUAUCCAGAAGUAUCUUGGAGAUGGUCCUCGCUUGGUUCGACAGAUCUUCCAGGUUGCGGCCGAACACGCCCCAUCCAUUGUAUUUAUUGAUGAAAUCGAUGCUAUUGGUACCAAGCGUUACGACUCCACAUCCGGCGGUGAGCGAGAAAUUCAGCGUACUAUGCUGGAGUUGCUUAACCAACUGGAUGGUUUCGACGACCGGGGUGAUGUCAAGGUGAUCAUGGCCACCAACAAGAUCGAGACUCUGGAUCCCGCUUUGAUCCGUCCGGGACGUAUUGACCGAAAGAUUCUCUUCGAGAACCCCGACCAUGACGUCGACUUGGAUGAGUUCAUCAACCAGAAGGAUGAUCUUUCUGGUGCUGAUAUUCGGGCCAUUUGUACCGAGGCCGGUCUCAUGGCUCUGAGAGAACGCCGGAUGAGAGUGCAGAUGGACGACUUCCGCGCUGCCAGGGAGCGCAUCAUGAAGACCAAGCAGGACGACAAAAUGGAAGGAUUCGACGAGGAAGCCUUUAAGAAGUUCUUUCCAGCAAGCUUUGGCCGGCAGGAGAAGAAAACUGAUGUGAGCACUCAGAUCGAUCGCACCAAGCGCGCCGAGGUAGCUGCGAAAGUCGACAGCGAUGACGAGAAGACGCGAUCGAACACCGAGGUCACUCCUGAGGAAGCAACCAUCCUUGAACCAGCGGCCCGGGAGGUGAGGCCUGAUAUUAGCAAUGGAAGCGACGAUUCCGACUCAGACGACUCCGACUCAGAAGACGAUGAGGAUGAGUUUCCGGUCUCCCACGAGAUGCUACUCAAGACCCAUGACCGGGCAGUGACUACAUUGACCGUUGACCCGGCGGGUUCGCGGUUGAUCACCGGCUCCACGGACUGCACUAUCAAACUGCACGAUUUUGCCUCUAUGACGCCGUCGACUAUACGCGCCUUCAAGUCCGUCGACCCGUCUGCGAAGAAACAAUCCGCCGCCCAAGAAGCACACUCCGUACACUACGUCGCAUUCAACCCACUGGCCCCGACCUAUGUGAUGGUUGUCUCUGCUACAGCGCAGCCGAGGAUUCUGAAUCGCGAUGGUGACACGAUUACUGAAUUUGUCAAGGGUGACAUGUAUCUGAGGGACCUACACAAUACCAAGGGCCAUAUUUCGGAGGUCACCAGCGGAGCAUGGAGCCCGACCGACGAGAAUUUAUGUGUGACGGCCGGAACGGACAGCACAGUGCGCAUCUGGGAUGCGAAUGUAGGAAGGGCACAAAAGGAAGUGAUUGUACACAAGUCCAAGAUGGCUGGAUCCGCUGGUCGGAGCAAAAUGACAGCCGUCGCGUGGGGCUCGCCCAAACAAGGAGGCCCUAAUGUCCUGAUCGGUGCUGCCCUUGAUGGGAGCUUGAUGAUGUGGGGUGGUGAUGGACCAUUUACCCGUCCCAGUGGUGAGGUUCGGGAUGCUCAUACCAAGGACACCUGGACGAGCGGCGUCGACAUCAGCUCCGAUGGCAGGCUGGUAGUCACUAAAGGCGGCGAUGACACCAUCAAGCUCUGGGACACGAGAAAAUUCAAGAAACCGAUUACGACUGUAUCCCAUCCGUCUAGUACCCGCUUCUCGACAUCGAACAUCAUCUUCUCCCCCUCCUCGGCGAAUGUGCUUACUGGCUCCGAGACUGGCCACCUGCAUAUCUUGAACCCUGCUACGCUGAGGCCAGAACUAGUAACGCCGAUUACCCCUGGAUCCCCGGUCGUCACUGUCCUAUGGCACGAGAAGAUGAACCAGAUCCUUACCGGUUCUGCCAAUGCCGAGACGCAUGUUCUCUACAACCCGAAUAUGUCGACCAAGGGCGCGGCCCUGGUUAUGUCCAAGGCGCCGAAGCGCCGCCACAUCGACGAUGACCCUAGUCUCACCAUGGAUCUCAGCCAGGGUCUCUCGGGAGACUCUGUUGUAGUGGGGUCGAACGGUGUUCCUCACUACAGCUCGUCUACUUGGUCUGCCCGCCACCCGACCGUUGGGUUGACGGCUUCGGGACGUCCCAAGGACCCUCGCAGACCUUACAUGCCGGCUGCUACUCCGUUUGCCAAAUCGCAACCGGACGAAAAGCAUAUUCGAGAGAACAUCCCUCUCAGUUCGAUGCGGGACGAAGAUCCUCGGGAGGCCCUGCUGAAAUAUGCGGACAAGGCUGAAAAGGAUCCAAUUUUCACCAAGGCGUGGAAGGAAACACAACCCACGCCUAUCUAUCGGGAGCUCAGCGAUGAUGAAGAACCGAAGCCGGACAAAAAGCGGGCAAAGAGGUAA